UGCGCGGCCAACUUCAGAUCAGUGUAAAUAAAUAGACGUUUGUCAUAUAGGUGUUUUGUAAAUUGUGUAAUAGUUGAUAAAUCCGUGCAAAAAAAUGUUAACAGACAAAUCAGGAGUUUGAAAAUGGGUGCCAAAGAUUCGAAAAGAUCAUGUUUGAGCUACGAGGACGCAGUGAAUCGCAUGAGCGACCAGGAAGUGAAGCGCGUUCGUGAGGCCUUCAAGCGGCUCACCAACGGUGGCACGCUGCUGGGCCGGCACGCUUUCGUUCAGAACGUGCUAGGGGACGGCGUUCCGCACACCAUCGCCGAAUGGCUCUAUCAAGCAUGCGGCGGCGGUCCUAAGGGCAUCCAGCUGCGAGAUCUAGUCUGCGGGCUGGUGCUCCUCACCAAAGGCACUCAGGAGGAGAAAAUCAAAUUUCUUUGGACCUUAUACAGCAAUGAUUCCGGCACGCAUAUAUCCAAAAGUGAAUUUCAAUUUGCACUAAAAGAAGAGGGGGCUUUACCACACGUAUCAUGGGACAUAACCUUAAUGUCCCUCUUUGCAGUAGGACAAGACAAAAUAUCAUUUGAAGAAUUUCGACAAUGGAUAAUCUACAACAAGGAAGCCACAGUCUUAUCCAAAUGGCUUCUUUCGAAUCCGUGCGUUUCCCUGAGUUCGGAAGUCGAAACGCCAACUUUCUACCAAACUUUGGCGGGCGUGACUCAUUUGGAGGAGCAAGAUAUUUGCGAGCUGGAGAAAUGCUUUUGGAACCUGCAAAGUUCCUCCGACACCGGUCAUUUGGAUUUUAACUGUCUGAAGAAGCUUGUCAGUCCGCCUGUUCCGCAGAAGACAUGCAAAGGGUUGUUUAACGCUUUAGAUGUAAAUAGAGAUGAUCAUGUAGAUUUUAAGGAACUUUGUUGCGGUAUAUCUGCCGCUUGUAGGGGACCAAUGGUUGAAAGAAUGAAGUUCUGCUUCAAAAUCUUCGACACCGAUCGCGACAACUACCUGAACCGCGACGAAGUGCAAUCCAUGGUGGAAACGCUGCGCUUCAUAGUGCAAGGCGACAAACGACCUAACAACAACGCGACGCAACAAAAACAACCCGGCAACAACGCCGCCUUGGCGACGGAAACAAACGCGGAAGUCGCGCGCGACGAGCACGAAAAGUCGCUCGCGUCGCUUAAGGCGAAGCUGGACGCGGGCGGCGGCCUCUCCUUGGAGGACUACCUGGUGUGGAGCGUGGAGAGGUUCUCCAGCGGCAGGCAGGAGCACAACAGCCUGCUGGCGCCGCUGUUGGAGCUGCUCUUCCAGGUUUGCCACGUUUCCUUGGGCUUGAAGCCCUACUGUCGGCACAACGAGGCCGAGAUCGUGAUGGGUUGGCUGGAACGCGAGCAGCGCCGCGGCCUCGACGUCGGCCAGUUCUGGUACCUGAUAUCUUCCGAGUGGUGGCACAGCUGGUCGAGCUACACUAGCGCGCCGAAAACCUCGCUCGACCACUGCAACUGCAGGCAGAGCGAGUCGUCUUCGCGCGGCGUUCCCGUCGAGGAGGGCAUCGUGUGCGACGAGAGCCUGACAAGCAACGCGACCGACUGCACCUCCGCAUCGAACGAGUUCAACUCCAACAGCAUGGAGUCGAUGGGGGAUUUGCUCAGCAGAACCGACAGUUGCAGCAUAGCUUCGAGUUCCGGCGUAUCGAGCAGUUCUGGAACGGGUUCGAAAAGAUGUCAACACAUACCGGGACCAAUUGACAAUUCAAAUUUGGUCGAGGAACCACUGUACAAAGUACCGACACUCACAGGAGAAGGAGGAAGACUUAGGAGAGACACGCCUUUGGUGCAGCACCGCGAUUUCGAGUUGGUUCCGGACUCGCUUUGGAAAGCCCUGUCCAUGUGGUAUGGAGGUCAUCUGCCCCUGCCUAGGCAGGUUAUAAGACCGCCCGGUAGGUCUGAGGUGGACCUCGAGUUGUACCCCCUCAACUUGAGGAUACUGAGGCACCACGCGCAGUCGCAGGGAAGUGGGGGAUCCACCGUCACCAGUUGGAGUAGCGUCGUUGGGGGCUAUGGUGCAGCAGCCCUGAGCACCGCCGGCUUAAACUCAUCUCCUGUAAAUACUUCACCGCGUCGUUACCUCGCUCACACGGCGACGUUCUCACGUUUGGCAACAGUGCAACAGGUUAUAGAGUUCCUCUGCGGUCGCUUGGGUUUAAAAUUCGAAGACGCCCGCUUGUGGCAUUUGAGGGAUCGCUCGUCGAGCUUGAUGGACGACGAUAAUGCGACGUUGCAAGAACUGGGCAUCGCCGACUCCGAUCGCUUGCUGAUUGAGGUUAGAAACGGCGAUCUGACGUGGCCCGAAGAAAUGGGCGCUCUGGCCGCCAACGGCGGCGUAGAAAUCGGCUUGAGCGUCGAAAGGCGUCCGACCAUCUGCCUGCCCCCGGGCGCCACUGGCCUGCACAACCUGGGCAACACGUGUUUCAUGAACGCCGCGUUGCAAGCGGUGAGCAACACGCGACCCUUGACCAUGUACUUUCAGCGCGACAACCAGCUCACCGAGCUGAACACUUCGAACCCGCUCGGCACUAAGGGGGCCGUGGCGCGGAAGUACGCCGACUUGUGUCGGGAGCUCUGGGCCGGAUCCACCAGGAGCGUGGCUCCCCUUAAGUUGAGGUUGUGCGUCACCAAGCACGCGCCGAAUUUCAGCGGUGGGGGGCAACACGAUUCGCAGGAGUUGCUAGCCUGGUUGUUGGACGCUUUGCACGAAGAUUUAAACAGGGUAACAAAAAAACAGUACAUCGAAUUAAAAGAUAGCGGGGGAAGGCCCGAUGAGAUCGUGGCGGAGGAGGCUUGGCAACUGCACAUGGCCAGGGACCAUUCCAUUAUCACCGAUUUGUUUUAUGGACAACUAAAGAGCAAGGUAACUUGUCAGACAUGCGGUCAUGAGUCAGUAAGAUUUGAUCCAUUUAGCUUACUCAGUUUGCCAUUACCAAUGGAAAGCUACACCUUAUGCGAAGUUUUAGUGGUCCGCAUGAACGACGAGUACCCCGUGAAGUACGGCAUGCGCCUCAAUUCGGAAGCGCGAUACGGCGAGCUGAAGGAACAGCUGCGCCAUCUGUGCGGCAUCGACCCGCAACGCGUGCUGCUGGCCGAGGUGGCCUACUGCCAGAUCAGGACGCUGCUGCAGGACGAGCAGCGCAUCAAUCCCGGCACCGCGACCGAGUUGUACGGCUACGAGCUGCCCGACGGUGGCGCUGCAGGCGCCGGGGGCGGUCCGGACGAGCCGUUGGAGCCGGAGGCUGGAGAAAACCAAACAGAUGCGGAACCGGGCGUAAUGGAGAGUCCGAUGGGCCGUAUGCCCGAGGUAAGAGGUGGUUGUUCGGCCCUAUGCAUGCCCAUCAAGCUAUGCUUUAAGCAAAAUCCCAAAAGUAAACCUGAAUCUCGUCUCAGUAAGGGGGUGCCUUUCCAAAAAUCCACAGUGUCUUUACAUUCCUCUCAAAGCCAAGUAUCAGGUAGCUCUGAUUCUUCGACCACUAAACUGCCUUCGUACCUGAUCGGCGUGCACCGGAAGUGCGUUCGACAGGAAACGUACUUUCUGUCGCAACAGAAAAGCAAACCCAGUCUCUUUGGGUUACCUUUGCUGCUCGGAUGUUCUUCCAGCAGCACCUGCCAGUCGUUGUAUCAAGAAGUCUGGGAGCAGGUGACCAGAUUGUUGAGCCCGCUGCCUCAGAGCGACCAGACCAACCACGCUCAAGACUGCGACGAUUCCCUCGGUUACGAGUUCCCGUUCACGCUUAAGGCCGUCCUGCAAGGAGGCCAGAUAUGCGCGCUGUGUCACUGGACGCAGUUCUGCAGAGGUUGCGCGCUACCUUGCAGCGACGAGUCGCUAUUCGAGCGAUGCAAAACCGGAGUGUCCAUCAUGCAUAUCGCCAUCGAUUGGGACCCCACAGCUCUGCAUCUAAGAUAUCAAAGCAACAGAGAAAAGCUGUGGAUCGAACACGAUUCGGUGGCCACCUGCAGAAAGCUGCACACAGAACCAAUAGACCUGGAUUAUUGUUUAAGAGCUUUCACUUCAGUCGAACGCCUGGAGGCAAAAUAUCAUUGUAGUAAUUGUCAGGACAAACAGCCCGCGACCAAGAAGUUACAAAUUUGGAGGUUACCACCAAUACUGAUCGUGCAUCUAAAGCGGUUCGACUUCGUGAACAGCAAGUGGGUGAAGACGCAGAAGGUGGUGAACUUCCCGUUCAAAGAUUUCGACCCGACCGCCUAUCUGGCGAGCAUCCCGCAGGAAACGAUCCUGCGGCACAGGCAGCUGCAGGAGGAGAAGCAGCAGGCCGAGGCCGACAAGGACGACCUGGAAGCCUCCUGCGACAGCCAGGCUACCGAAAGGAUCAUGGAGGAGAGCAUCACCUCGGAAGGAAUGGAAGAACCGAUGGCGGCGGAAAUGAACCCGGAAAAGUGCAAACUGCUGAGCGAGAAAGCGGAAGCGGAAACGCCCGGCAGGCCCGCGCCCACGAUACCCAACCAUCAUCGGGCGGGCAACGAACGUGCUGCGACUGCCGCGAGGGGCAGGGCUCGGUUGGAGUCGACCAGUUUGCAAAAAACUCCGAUUAUCGACGAACAUUUGAAGGAUUACCACGAGCACAAGUUGCUGCCCGGUCAGGAUCCGUUCGAUUUGAAGUAUCAGCUUUAUGCCGUCGUGAGCCACUCUGGCCUGAUGAGCGGCGGCCACUACAUAUCGUACGCGUGCAACCCGAACGGCAACUGGUACUGCUACAACGACAGCUCGUGCCGCGAGGUGCUGCCCGACGCCGCCGCCGCGGCGUCGCAGCCGAGCGGCGAGUCGAACGCGUCGACGUCGAGCGGCGCCAGCAGCCGUUGCUCGCCUCACUCGGGCGGCUGCACUCCCCUCGCGCGUCGCAAGAACAUGCAGCGCAGGCGCAGUUCUUCGGGCGGCAGCAGCAACGGCACGGCGGACACGUCGACGCCCUUGACCGCCAGGAAGGGCUCGCUCAGCAACACGCCCGAGCUGGACAGGAGAAAAAUGACAUCUUCUCCGGUUUUGAAGCGCGACGGCACGCCUACUUUCGGUCGCAAAGACUCGAUGCAGAGGCGCGAAAGCAGCAGCGGCAUCGAAUCGGACAUCGUCGGUUCGACGGAGAACAUGUCCGGUUCGCAUUCGGACGUUUCCGGCGCUGAAGAGACGUCCAGCCGGAAAAGCGCGAGUCGAGACUCGUCGCCCUACUCCUCCACCAGGUCGCUGUUCAGGUCCAGAUGCCCGUACAACGAAACGAAAGUGCCGAAAAUCGACACGAGCGCCGCCUACAUCCUGUUCUACGAACGAUCCGGGCUCGAUUACAAACCGUACUUGCCGAAGGUCACGCCGAACGCGGACCGAACGGCCCCGAUCGCCGAAUCGGACGAUUCCGACGUCAAACAACAGUGCUCCGUGCAGUAGGAAGGUAAAAUUAAAUUAAUUGACCGUUGUUGAUUUUCUUGUUGAGUUUUUCUGUUAACGCGCCGCCACUUUGUUUUUGUUACAAAUUCACUAAUUAAUUCAGUUUAGUCGUACGGUUGAACGAGAUUAUUAUUCCUGGGUAAAGUUGCGCAAUAUUUUAAAGUUUAUAAUGAGUUUUAUUGAUUUAAAUAAUGUUAAAAUGCACUGAUAUUUUGAAGCAAUACUUUGGCCAUAUUAAAUAUUAUCUUGACGUUUUUUUUUUAUUAAUUUUAAUUAAUAAUGAUAACGAAAUGAAAUUCUUGUCCGAUUUCAUUUUAUCAUACAUGAGGGUAAAAAGCGAUUUAGUUUUUGUGACACCUUCAAAAUUUUAUAUCGCAUUAUUUCGGUCUCAAGAAUAUGUGGUAUCAUUUUGUACAACAGGAAUUUCUGGUACACCUUGUAUAAAAUUUUCAUGGUACAUCAAAGAAAAAACUGAAUCGCUUAAUUUCUCUUGUUAACAUUUGGUUAUAGUAUUAUUUAUAUAUUUGUUAUUUUAUGAAAGAUUUUUACAGGGGACGUAAUUGGGGGGUUAUUAAAUGCGCACCCUGUAGGACAUUUAUAUUUAAAAAUGAUGUGAUUAAAUGAGGAGCCUAAAGUUUUUAACAAUGUUUUGCGUUGUAAUUAAAUAUGUUUGUUUAAUUUUAAUUGUGUCAUGUAUUUUUCGACACUUGUAUAAAAAGUUUAGUAAAACCAAAGAUAUUUUAUUCAUUUGUAAAUUUUUUCAUCGAUUUUGUAUGAAUAUAUAUAUAUAUAGGAAUAUAUAUAAUACUGUUUAUAUUGUAUGGAAUAUUAAUUAUUGCGACAAUUAAAUGAUUAAAUGGCGAUAAAAAAUAUUCCACCAUUGCUGUGCACUGCUCUUAUUAUUCAAAAUUAUUUUUGGGCGGUUUUAUCAAAUAAAAUUAAUUGAUGCCUAACUAGUCUGAUAUUUUUUUAAAUUCCACUUUAUACGUGUUUUGAACACUAUCAAAUAUUCCAUUUUAAUGUGUAAGUUAUGGUGCCAUUUAUAAAUAAAUGCUUGUAUAUUGUUAUAA